CUGCUUACCAUUUCCCUCUAAAAAAUAAUUCUUAUUCAAUUUUCUUUCUCAAGUUUCGUAGAUCUAAAAUAAAAGAAUUUAAUUUAAAAAAAAUCAUUUUAAAAGAAAUGGAAAUGAAUUAUUUAUUCCAAAGAAGUGAUAAUUUUGACAGAUUAUCGCUUGAAAAGGCCACUCGUUUUUCUUUACAAAUAGCUGUUUAAAUUUUCUCCUGCUCAUUGGAUCGUUUCUUUCCUCCAAGAAUAACAGACGGCAUUGCUCCUUCAAUUUCUAGCUUUCUACCUCAAUAACUCGGUUCAUCCAUUGUCAAGAAACACGUAUUUCUGCAAAGCUAUUUCUGGGUUUUAAUGAACUUUUCUUGAUUUUCAAGCAUUAUUCCAUCGUUAAUGGAGGGUGCUGACAUAUAUAAUGCCAGUAGUAGCUUACGAAGAGGGAGCUUAUCUACAUGGAGACACAAUACCAACGAUAUUUUUUCAACAUCUUCUCGAGAAGAAGAUGACGAAGAGGCUCUAAAAUGGGCUGCACUUGAGAAACUACCCACCUACGAUCGUUUGAGGAAAGGUAUAUUCCUUAGUGCUUCUAAAGGUGCUGUUAGUGAGAUCGAUGUAGACAAUCUUGGAUUUCAAGAAAGGAAAACUUUGCUCGAGAGGUUGAUCAAAGUCGCUGAAGAGGAUAAUGAGAAGUUUUUGUUGAAGCUCAAGAAUCGUAUUGAUAGAGUUGGUAUUGAAAUUCCAACAAUUGAAGUUCGAUUUGAGCAUCUAAACAUUGAGGCAGAGGCUUAUGUAGGAAGCAGUGCUUUGCCUUCAUUCAUUAACUUCUCUGUUAGUAUGUUAGAGGUGACUACUUAUGCUUCUUGUAAGUUAAUUCUUUUUUCUUUUGGUUAUAAAAAGUUAAUUUUUUUUCUUUUGAUUUUGAAGGGUUUCUUGAAUUAUCUUCAUAUCUUUCCAAGUAGAAAGAGACCAUUGACCAUACUUAAGGACGUAAGUGGAGUCAUCAAGCCAUCAAGAAUGACUUUGCUUUUGGGUCCUCCAAGUUCUGGAAAGACCACACUUUUGUUGGCACUAGCUGGAAAGCUUGAUCCUAAUCUGAAGUUCUCUGGUACUGUGACCUACAACGGCCAUGAGAUGAAUGAGUUCAUACCUCAGAGAACGGCUGCAUAUAUAAGUCAACAUGAUGUUCAUAUAGGUGAAUUGACCGUGAGGGAAACUUUGGCAUUUUCUGCCAGAUGCCAAGGUGUCGGAACCCAACAUGAGUUGUUAGCAGAGUUGUCCAGAAGAGAGAAAGCAGCAAAUAUUAAGCCUGACCCUGAUAUUGAUGUCUUUAUGAAGGCUGCAGCAACAGAAGGUCAAGAAACUAGUGUGGUCACUGAUUAUAUUAUAAAGAUAUUAGGAUUGGAAAUCUGUGCGGAUAUUUUGGUAGGAAAUGAAAUGAUAAGGGGUAUCUCUGGAGGACAAAGGAAGCGUGUUACAACAGGUGAAAUGUUGGUUGGACCUGCAAAGGCACUAUUUAUGGAUGAGAUUUCUACUGGACUUGACAGCUCAACAACUUUCCAAAUUGUGAACUCGCUAAAGCAAUCCAUUCACAUUCUUAAUGGAACUGCUGUCAUAUCCCUCCUCCAGCCAGCUCCAGAGACUUAUUGCCUCUUUGAUGAUAUUAUUUUGUUGUCAGAUGGCCAGAUUGUGUACCAAGGUCCUCGUGAACAAGUGCUUGGUUUUUUUGAACAUAUGGGCUUCAAGUGUCCUGAAAGAAAAGGCGUGGCCGACUUCUUACAGGAAGUGACAUCAAGGAAAGAUCAGAAGCAGUAUUGGGCACGUAGAGAUCAGCCUUAUAGGUUUGUCACAGUUCAAGAAUUUUCUGAGGCAUUCCAAUCAUAUGAGCUGGGCCGAAGAAUUGGAGAUGAGCUUUCAACUCCAUUUGAUAAGAGCAAGAGCCAUCCUGCUGCUUUGUCAACCAAAAAGUAUGGAGUUGGAAAAAUGGAGCUGGUUAAAGCCUGCAUCUCAAGAGAGUACUUGCUCAUGAAGAGAAACUCAUUUGUCUACAUCUUCAAGCUCAUCCAACUUACAUUCAUGGCAAUGGUUUCUAUGACCCUCUUCCUGAGGACUGAGAUGCAUCGAGACAAUAUCACAGAUGGAGGAGUUUAUUUGGGUGCUUUGUUCUUUACUGUGAUCAUGGUCAUGUUCAAUGGUAUGGCGGAACUAUCCAUGACCAUUGCAAGGCUUCCAGUGUUCUACAAGCAAAGGGAACUCCUAUUUUAUCCUGCAUGGGCAUAUUCUCUUCCCACAUGGAUUCUUAAAAUUCCUGUGACAGUUACAGAAUCUGCUGUUUUUGCUGUCCUGACCUACUAUGUCAUUGGAUUUGAUCCUAAUGUUGAAAGGUUCUUCAAGCAUUACCUUGUCCUGUUACUUGUUAACCAGAUGGCCUCUGCACUAUUUCGAUUUAUUGCUGCAACUGGAAGGAAUGUGAUUGUUGCCAACACCUUUGGAUCAUUUGCGUUACUUACACUUUUUGCAUUGGGUGGCUUUGUACUAUCACGAGAGGAGAUAAAGAAAUGGUGGAUAUGGGGUUACUGGUUAUCACCAUUGAUGUAUGGGCAGAAUGCAAUAGUAGUUAACGAGUUUCUUGGAAAAAGCUGGAGCCAUAUUCCACCGAACUCGACAGAACCGUUGGGAGUCCAACUAUUGAAAACCCGUGGCUUCUUCCCUCAUGCAUAUUGGUAUUGGAUAGGAGUAGGUGCAUUGGGUGGAUUCAUACUAGUAUUCAACUUGUGUUUCACUCUUGCUCUCACUUUCCUUAACCCAUUUGAGAAACCACAGGCUGUUAUAGUUGAAGAUUCUCAAAGUAAUGAACCUGGUGACGAAAAUGGAAGAGGUAUCCAAUUAACAAACUAUGGAAGUAGUCGCAAAUCAAGCACAGGCAUUGGAGAAGAAAUUAGCGAGGCAAACCAUAACCGGAAGAAAGGAAUGGUUCUUCCUUUUGAACCACAUUCUGUUGCCUUUGAUGAUGUUAUGUACUCAGUUGACAUGCCACAGGAAAUGAAAAGCCAGGGAAUCCUUGAAGAUAAAUUGGUGCUAUUGAAUGGUGUGAGUGGUGCUUUCAGGCCAGGUGUUCUCACAGCUUUAAUGGGUGUUAGCGGAGCUGGUAAAACCACUUUGAUGGAUGUGCUGGCUGGUAGGAAAACUGGUGGAUACAUUGAGGGGAACAUAACAAUUUCUGGAUUCCCAAAGAAGCAAGAAACCUUUGCUAGAAUUUCAGGAUACUGUGAGCAAAAUGACAUCCACUCUCCACAUGUGACUGUCUAUGAAUCCUUAGUCUACUCAGCCUGGCUUCGUCUACCCCCUGAAGUUGACUCUGACACCAGAAAGAUGUUUGUUGAUGAAGUGAUGGAGCUUGUAGAACUGAAUCCAUUAAGGCAAGCACUAGUUGGAUUACCUGGUGUGAGUGGUCUUUCUACAGAGCAGCGAAAGCGACUAACAAUAGCAGUUGAGCUUGUUGCAAACCCCUCUAUAAUAUUCAUGGAUGAGCCAACUUCAGGGCUAGAUGCAAGAGCUGCUGCAAUUGUGAUGAGAACAGUUAGGAACACUGUGGACACGGGAAGGACUGUUGUGUGCACCAUCCAUCAACCAAGCAUUGACAUCUUUGAUGCUUUUGAUGAGCUAUUCCUGAUGAAGAGAGGAGGAGAAGAAAUAUAUGUCGGGCCAUUGGGUCACCAUGCUUGCCAUUUAAUAAAAUAUUUUGAGGGAAUUGAAGGAGUCAGUAAAAUUACAGAUGGUUAUAAUCCAGCAACUUGGAUGUUGGAAGUUACCAGUUCUGCACAAGAGUUAGCUUUGGAUGUUGACUUUGCUGCCAUUUACAAGAAUUCAGAUUUGUACAGGAGAAACAAAGCAACGAUUAAGGAUUUAAGCACACCUGCUCCUGGUUCCAAGGACCUAUAUUUCCCUACACGGUACUCACAGUCAUUUUUUACCCAAUUUAUAGCUUGCACAUGGAAGCAGCGUCUGUCAUACUGGCGGAAUCCACCGUAUACUGCAGUAAGAUUUUUGUUCACGACCUUUAUAGCUUUGAUGUUCGGGACAAUGUUCUGGAAUCUUGGGUCCCAAACGAAAAAGCAGCAAGAUAUUUUUAAUGCUGCAGGAUCAAUGUAUGCAGCAGUUCUCUUUCUUGGGGUGCAAAAUUCAUCAUCCGUGCAGCCAGUGGUGGCAAUCGAAAGAACUGUCUUCUAUAGAGAAAGAGCCGCUGGAAUGUAUUCAGCUAUGCCCUAUGCUUAUGCACAGGUCCUGGUUGAGCUUCCAUAUGUUUUUGCGCAAACCAUUGUCUAUGGUGCUAUAACAUACGCAAUGAUGGGAUUUGAAUGGACUGUUGCUAAAUUUUUCUGGUAUUUGUUCUUCUUGUACUUCACAUUAUUGUAUUUCACCUUCUACGGGAUGAUGGCCGUUGCAGUGACGCCGAACCAUCACAUUUCUGCCAUAAUGUCCUCAGCAUUUUAUGGAUUAUGGAAUCUCUUUGCAGGAUUUAUAGUGCCCCGAACCAAAAUGCCUGUGUGGUGGAGGUGGUACUACUGGGCAUGUCCAAUAUCAUGGACCUUGUACGGAUUAGUUGCAUCCCAAUAUGGAGAUGUGAAGGAUGUUCUUGACAAUGAUCAGGAAGUUAGAGACUUCAUAAGACAAUAUUACGGUUUCAAACAUGAUUUUUUGGGAGUAACUGCAGGUGGGAUUGUUGGGAUUGCAGUUUUUUUUGCAUCUACAUUUGGUAUUUCCAUCAGGCUCUUCAAUUUCCAGAGGCGAUAGAGAUUGUUAUCCAAGUUAUUUCAAAGAAUCAUCAUCAGGCAAAUGACAGAAGAUUAAAGAAUAAAGAUGUGAAGCUCAUGUACACUUUUUCCCCAUUACAUUUACAUAGUGUUUAAAAAAAAAUUAUCUUUGAAUAGAGCAGACAUAAUCUCUUACAUUGCA